GGGGAAUCACCAUAAUUAAUUUCUAAUCAUCUCAGCAAGUGGAACAGGUCAUCAACAGGAAGACUAGGAUGGAAGAUCCGAAAAUUCCUUACAGAUAUUUGGGCAAUAGUGGUCUCAAAGUGUCUGCAAUAUGCCUGGGGACCAUGACCUUUGGUCAAGAUGGUUCUCGGCCAGGGUGUGAUGAGGCCAGUUCUCAUGCUCUGUUGGAUCGCUUCAUUCUGGAGCUGGGUGGUAAUUUCAUUGAUACAUCAGAUGUGUAUCAGUUUGGAGUGAGCGAGUCCAUCAUUGGACGGUGGAUGGAGAAACACCCUAGUUUGAGAUCAAAAAUCAUUCUGGCUACAAAGGUGUGGGGGCCUAUGGACAAGAACGAUGUGAAUGCACGAGGGCUUUCCCGCCAUCACAUCAUAACAGAGGUAGAGCAGAGCUUGAGUCGACUGCGCACUGACUACAUUGACCUCUACCAGAUCCACUGCUGGGACACAGGUACACCUCUGGAGGAGACAUUGGGGGCGCUCAAUACUCUUGUGCAGACUGGGAAGGUCCACUAUAUUGGAGUGAGCAAUGUCACUGGGUGGCAGUUCCAGAAGAUCAUUGACCUCUCACGGGCAAUGGGGCUCACAAAAAUUGUCAGCAACCAGGCCCAGUACAACUUGCUGUGUAGGUCCACUGAGUGGGAGCUGUUGGAGGUGUGUAAGAUAGAGGGGGUUGCAAUGUUGCCAUGGAGCCCACUGAAAGGUGGCCUCUUAACAGGCAAGUACAAGAGAGGAGAAUCUCCUUCAAGUGACUCUAAUUCCCGUCUUGCAUGGGUGGAGAAGGACAAGGCAACGAGGGCCAACCAGGCAUCCCCUAGUCUCUCAGACUAUGCAGACAAUGAGCAGUACUGGGAGCUCAUUGAAGCCAUGAAGACCAUUGCCACUGUGCACGAUGCUACUGUUUCUCAAGUGGCCAUUGCCUGGUUGCUGGCACAGCCUACCGUGUCGUCAGUGGUAAUUGGCGCACGGACUGUGGAACAGCUAGACGAGAAUAUUGGGUCAGCCACCCUCACACUCUCCAAGGAAGAGGUGCGGCCAAAAUUGUAACAUCACAAUAUCCCUCCCCAAGUUGGAGACACUGAAUGCUAAGAGCCGUGUGCCACCUCCCUACCCUUACGAGAUGGUGACCAGAUUGCAGCGAGGCAGAGAGCACUAGGCGCUACUAGAAACAUUGUUUAAAUGUAUUGGAUUGAAUUUUUUACACUGUUAGAGACAUUUUUUCAUUGUUUAAAUGUAUUGGAUUGAAUUUUUUACACUG